AUGGCGUUUCACCACCCAUUUCUCCUGUUUACUCUCGCGUUCUGGUUUCUGGUUUCUCGUACGGACGUUGUCGCUCAGAGCUGUUGGAGGGAUACCAAAUGCACGGGCCCUCAGACAGCUUCAUUUCCUGGUGAAUGGGAAUCGAAUAUUUUCUCCCCAUCGACACGAACUGUCACGCCUAAGGCCGUUUUCGACUUGGGCACUGGAGAAACCUCUGAUAUAAAGUCUGUCUCGUUCGCGAGUACAAAAUCGGGCGUCUAUUACGACUUUGGCCGUGAAGUGGGAGGCGUUGCUACAAUUCAAUUCUCUGUCUCGUCUACAGAUGGUGAUGGUGCUCUCGGCAUAGCUUUCACGGAAGCUAAGGACUGGAUUGGGCCUGUCUCGGACUCAUCUAGUGGCGUAUUUUCGAGGAAAGAUGGCGCACUUUAUGCCAAUUUCUCCUCCACAGGAGACCAGACUUAUGUCAUGCCGGUCGAGAAUAUUCGUGGAGGAUUUCGAUAUAUGACAGUAUUCCUCACCGGAACUACCUCCUCUGUCACCAUCAACAAUGUUUCUUUGGAAUUGUCCUUCCAACCAACCUGGUCAAACCUUCAAGCCUACCAAGGAUACUUCCAUAGUAGCGACGACACGCUCAACAAAAUCUGGUACAGCGGUGCUUAUACUAUACAGACGAAUGCGCUCCAUCCCUCAACCGGACGAGCCUGGCCUGCCCCAGCUAGCCAAUGGGCUAAUGACGGUAACAUUGGUACAGGUGACACCGUCAAUACCGAUGGCGCAAAGCGCGACAGAACUAUCUGGCCAGGCGACAUGGGUGUUGCGGUGCCCUCCUCAUUCUACAGCACCGGCGAUCUCGAGAGCAUUAAAAACUCGUUGGCAACUUUAUAUUCUUAUCAAGCAGAGAGUGGUUUGCUUCCAUGUUCCGGUCCGCCGCUUCUGGUCACAGACGGUGAUACGUAUCACAUGUGGACCAUGAUUGGGACGUACAACUAUGUCUUAUAUUCCGGAGAUCUAGACUUCAUCCGAGGAAUUUGGGACAAGUAUGUCGCAGCAAUGUCAUUCAUCUCGAGCCAGCUUGAUUCGUCUUUAGGUAUCCUUAAUAUCACGGGUUACACACACGACUGGGGGCGUUACCAUGUUGACGACACCCAAGCCUCGGCACAGAUGCUUUAUUACCGGACGUUGAUUGCAGGUUCUUCGUUGGCCACAUGGAUUGGUGACACAACUGGCAUCAACUCAACGUGGCUCGAUACUGCCGCAAAACUCCAAAGUGCCAUAAAUUCGCAGCUUUGGAACGGAACUGCUGGUGCAUUUUACGAUAGCAUUGAGUCUCGCAACAACAAGACCGGUUUAUAUCCCCAAGAUGGUAAUGCCCUCGCUUUGCUCUUCGGAGUGGUAAACGCUACAGCAGACGAGGGGCAAACUAUUUCUUCGACCCUUACGAAGAAUUGGACCCCAAUCGGAGCUGAGAGUCCCGAAUUAAGUGGCGAGGUCUCUACAUUCAUCUCAUCCUUCGAAAUUCAAGCACACUUUUUGGCAGGACAGACGCAACGGGCUCUCGACUUGAUCCGGACAAGUUGGGGUUGGUACUUGAACAACGAGAAUGGCACUCAGUCCACUAUGAUCGAGGGCUAUCUCAUAGAUGGCACUUUCGGCUAUCGCCACGACGCUGGGUAUGGGGAAGAUUACUCAUACACGUCUCAUUCUCAUGGAUGGGCUACUGGACCCGUUUCAGCGUUGACGGAGUACAUCGUCGGCCUUAGUGUGACUAGCCCAGCUGGAUCGAGCUGGCAAAUCGCGCCCCAGUUCGGAGAUCUCACUCAUGCUGAGGGCGGUUUCACGACUAGCUUGGGAAAGUUCUCGGCAAGCUGGACGGUGAACGACGGCGGCUAUACGUUGAAUUAUACCGUGCCGCAGGGUACUAUAGGCACACUGCUUCUCCCGGUCUCCAAAAAUGGUGUGCAAUACAAGUUGACAGUAGAUAGCCAAGCACUAACAGUAGAUUCCGGGAAAACUGUCGAAGCAGCAGGUAAGAGGCAACUAUACACCAUCGUAGGGACAAGUGGACAGCACCAGAUCGAGGCCAGCUAG